AUGGGUAGAUUCUUCCACCCGGUGGAGUGCGCCUACUGCCGCACCGAGAGCAUGAUGGGCUUCCGAUACCGCUGCCAGCAGUGUCAUAAUUACCAGCUCUGUCAGGGAUGCUUCUGGAGGGGCCAUGCCAGCGGUUCCCAUAGCAACCAGCACCAAAUGAAGGAGGCCCUGCCUCGGGGCGGUGUGCGCAGAGUUUGCCUGCGCCGGAUCGUGGCUAGCUUCAUUAAAAUCCCGGCCAAGAAGCUGUCCCACGCGCUGAGCAAGUCUCUGAGCUGCGCCUCCAACAGGGAGCCCCCCCACCCCGUGUUCCCCGAGAUGACCUCCGAGACACCCCUCAACCUCGCCCACGUCGUGCCGCCCAGGCCAGUGAAUAUUACCAAUGAAUACGCACUCUCUCACUCCAUGCCUACAUCAGGGAAUCCGUUCUCCACCAAACAGGUAAACUACCAGCUUGAUGUGGCUGAUAGGCUGGCAGAUGAACAUGUCCUGAUUGGUCUAUACGUCAAUCUGCUUCAGAACAACCCCAGAUCCCGCUUUCUGGAGAGCAGCAGCUACCAGGACGACGAGCACAGCCUCAUAGCUCGCUACGCUGCCAGGCUAGCCGCCGGUGCUGCCGCCCAGCAGCAGCAGCAGCAGCAGCAGCAGCAGCAGCAGCAGCAGCAGUACGGCGUCGUCCCCUCGGACUUCUCCUGCCCCCUCGACGCCAACAAGCACCAGCGGCAGCUCAUCGCCGAGCUGGAGCACAAAAACAGAGAGAUCCUGCAGGAGAUCCAGCGCCUGAGGAUUCAACACGAGCAGGCCUCACAGCCAACCGUCGACCGGAACCAGCAGAACCCCACCCUAUUGGCAGAGCUCAGGCUCCUCAGGCAACGCAAAGAUGAGCUCGAACAAAGAAUGUCCACUCUGCAGGAGAGCCGCAGGGAGCUCAUGGUGCAGCUGGAGCAACUCAUGAUGCUGCUCAAGGAGGAAGAACAGAAACAAGCUACUCAGGGUCCCAGCUCCCCCCGGUCCUCCCCCAGCCACACGGCGUGCCGGCCAAUCCCCGCCCCCAUCCACUCAGAGUCGGCCGGCACCACCCCCACACACACCCCCCCCACACACCCCACCCCCACCCCCACACACCCCCCCCAGGACUCUCUCAUGGGAGUGGGAGGGGACGUCCAGGAGGCCUUCUCUCAGGGGCCACGGAGGAACCUGAGGAACGACCUCCUCAUCGCCGCCGACUCCAUCACCAGCACGAUGUCAUUCCUGGUGAAGGAGCUGAACUCCGACUGUGGCAGUGAGAUGGAAAGCCUUUUGGACUCUGAUUUCGAGGGCAGUGACAGCCUCGCUCCGUCGGCCCCGGAUCCCUUCUUCGCUACGCAGCUAGCCUCUAAGCUAAGGUAUGCCUUUGUCCCAGACGAGGGCCGCUACGAGAUGGACCUGGACCGGCAGCUGGAGGCGGAGCUCCUGACCGAGGAGCUGAUGAAGCAUAGGAAGGAGCCGGAGAAGGACUGUAUGAUGACACUACAACAGUGACCAUGGUUGUUCAUAUUUCCGAUAAGCAAUAGGAGAAGGAACGGCAGGAGACGAUGCAGGAGGAAAUGACACAGAGGCUCAUGAAGAAGUGAAGAUUGAGAGUUUUCAAGACCAACCAUAGAUUACAGUUGUUCAAAGGUAUAUUUUUAAACCCACUACAUGUUUGAGACAAUACUGUGAAAUGAAGAGGAGAACUAAUGAAUUGCUGAGCAGUCUAUUUUACCACAGGUGCCAUAAAUACACAACAUCGGAAAAUGUCUACUUCUUACCCUAGUUUUGAAUGAGUUGUCUGGCUAUUAUGUGGACAUUAUGUUUGGUUAUACAAGCUGACAAACCGUGAAGUUUAAGUUACCUCAUUUCUCAUUCUAAAAACAAAGACUGGGUUCAUUACUUGGUUGUUCUAUUCAGCAUGAUAAAAAAAAAAAAAGAUUAUGUGACUCACAAAGACCAUAUAAACUGAGAAUAUAAUUCUAGUCGAUAUACGACCGGAUUUUCCCAAUAGAUUUGCUGUGUUAUAACUGGUCUUGACCAACUUUUGUGCUUUUGUUGGGUCAAAGUAUUUCCUAGGAGCGUGGAUUGGGUUUGAGACACAGGUCAGGGAUUGUGCAUACAGCCGUGGCUGAUUAAGUGACCUCUCUCUGGAAUUUAUUCAGAAUCCCGGCAGAGAAUGUGGCUAACAGGCUUGUUAGCCACAUUCUCUGCGGCUAACAAGCUGGAGCUAACAAUCUGUUAGCCACAUUCUAACAGACCGUAGACGAGUCUAAGGAAUUGUGGCUUUCCAUCACUGGAUAAAGCAAGAAGCGUCUGCUUACAGAUGUUGUCUCGUUUGAUGUCUGAUGUCGAUGAACCCAGGCGAUUCUGGGUUUUCACAGCUUUGAAACACAGCGGAUAAUGCUUGAAGAAUAUAGAAAUUCAAUGAAAAGAAAUAUAAAGAAAGUCAUUUGCAAGAAUUCCAAAUUUACUCUGAAACAAAAUGUUUUACAUCGGAAAAGACAUCCAAAAUUUUCUUUUUUAAUACUCCCUUGAAAGAGAAAUAGAUGAAGGUUUGUUUCCCAUAUUAUUUAAUUUCCGUUUAUUUUAUGACCAAGAUGGUAGCCUGUUCGUCCCUCACAUGAAUCACUGUUACACACGCGCGUACAAACACAUACAGUACACACACCUGGCUCCUGGCCCUUCUGGGGGGUCCAUAAACCAUAACCCAGCUACGAAAAUAAAUGGAAAGUUCAUCUUAAAUCUGAAAUUUGUGAAAUAUAUCUGGUUUAAUUAUUCUUUUCUUUUAGUUAGUUCUUUUAAGUGACUUUGCAUGGCGGAGAUGCAUAAUAAAGUGUUGACACUGUAUCACCA